AUGGCGAGCGAGGGCGACUUCGACAUCGGCCAGCUGUCCGAGAGCCAACAAGAAGCUCUGCAGCAAUACACCGCUGUCACAAACCAAGAGGUCAAGGAUGCUGUUCCCCUACUACAACGGUCACAGUGGAAUGUGCAGAUUGCCAUAGCAAAAUUCUUCGACGGCGAGGGGCCCGACCCCGUAGCCGAAGCCCUCGCAGCGCAGAACGACAUCCCGCGCGCAGGCGCAAGGCACGAGAACCUGCAGGAAAGCCUCUACGCCGCAGCCGGCGCUCCUGCCGGCAGGGGACCGAGAGCGCAAGGGACGGACCCGGCACCCCGCAUCGUGCCCCGGCAGCCCUCGGCCACAUACCGCCCGCCUUUCCUCCUGUCUGUGAUCUUGGCCCCCUUCAACAUCGGCUACAGGCUCUUCUCCACGCUGUUCCGCGCCCUGUCCUACGUCCUCGUCUUCCUGCCGGCCCCCCUGCGGCCCCGCGCCGUCACGGGCGCGCUAGCGAGGACGGCAUACGGCCGCCGGCAGCUUCUGCCGCGCGACACGGCCGCGCGCUUCCGGCGCGAGUUCGAGGAGCAGUACGGCGCCGACGGCGCCAGCGAGCUGCCCUUCUUCGAGGGCGGGUAUGCGCAGGCCUACGACGCGGCGAAGAAGGACCUCAAGUUCCUCCUGGUCGUCCUGCUGGCGCCCGAGCACGACGACUGCGAGCCGUUCGUCCGGGAGACGCUGCUGUCGCCCGAGGUGGUCGACUUGGUCCAGGACCCGGCCAACAACAUCGUGCUCUGGGGCGGCAACGUGCGCGACUCGGAGGCCUACCAGAUCUCGCUCGAGUACCAGUGCACCAAGUUCCCCUUCUCCUGCCUCGUCUGCCUGACGCCCAGGGAGGGCAGCACCCGCAUGGGCGUCGUCAAGCGGCUCGUGGGCGCCCUGACGCCGACGGUCUACGUGCAGGGCCUGCAGGGCGCCAUGGACAAGUACGGGCCCGACAUCGAGGCCGUGCGCGCCGAGCGGCGGGCCAACGAGGUGGCGCGCAACCUGCGCACGGAGCAGGACAGCGCCUACGAGCGGUCCCUGGCGCGGGACAGGGAGCGCGCGCGCCAGAAGCGCGAGGCCGAGGCCGCGGCGGCGCGGGCGGAGGAGAGGGCGGCCGAGGCGGCGCGGGCGCCAUGGACCGGGCC